CCAGUCAGUCUUGGAGAUGCCGAAGAGACGAGACAUCCUGGCUAUCGUGCUGAUAGUUCUGCCCUGGACCCUGCUAAUCACCGUCUGGCACCAGAGCACCAUUGCUCCCCUGCUUGCAGUGCACAAGGAUGAUGGUGGUGACUCCCGGCGUGAUCUCGCUGCAGGCUUGGACUCCAAGGAAUACUGCCUGUCGGACCGGGACAUUGUGGAGGUGGUGAGGACAGAAUACGUUUAUACCCGCCCACCCCCGUGGUCAGACACCCUCCCCACCAUCCACGUCAUCACACCCACCUACAGCAGGCCCGUCCAGAAGGCAGAGCUGACCCGCUUGGCCAACACCCUCCUGCACGUGCCCAACCUGCACUGGAUCCUGGUGGAGGACGCGCAGCGACGCACCCCGCUCAUCACCCGCCUGCUGCGCGACACCGGCCUCAACUACACCCACCUCAACGUGGAGACCCCCCGCAACUACAAGCUGCGGGGGGACAUCAGGGACCCCCGCAUCCCCCGGGGGACCAUGCAGAGGAACCUGGCCCUCAGGUGGCUGAGAGAGACCUUUAACAAAAAUAACAGCCAGCCCGGGAUUGUUUACUUCGCCGAUGACGAUAACACCUACAGCCUGGAGCUCUUCGAGGAGGUAAGACCCUACACACACCGUGGUUCCCUGUGGACUGGGGCUGCCAUUAGCNNNCUGCGCUACGAGGCGCCCUAGGUGAACGCGGCGGGGAAGGUGUACGGCUGGAAAACCGUCUUCGACCCCCACCGGCCCUUCGCCAUCGACAUGGCCGGCUUCGCCGUCAACCUCCGGCUCAUCCUGCAGAGGCCUCAGGCUUACUUCAAGCUGCGAGGGGUGAAGGGAGGCUACCAGGAGAGCAGCCUGCUGCGGGAGCUGGUCACCCUGAGCGACCUCGAGCCCAAGGCUGCCAACUGCACCAAGGUUUUAGUCUGGCACACGAGGACAGAAAAGCCUGUGCUGGUGAAUGAGGGGAAGAAAGGAUUCACAGAUCCCAAUGUGGAAAUCUGA